UUUGAGAAUAGACAGUUUUACACACUUGUUUCAUUCUUCCCAUUUCUUCACGCUUUCUUUCUUGAAUUCGUUUUCUCACAUUCCAAUUUUAUUUAAUUUAUUACAUGAAUACGCUUUUGCAUUUCGAAUCUCCUUCAUCAGGUUAAACCAAUUGAUUAUUCAGUUGUAUAUUUUCAAUAGUCUGAAUUCAAAUGAGAGCAGCAAUGUGCUUUACACAUUUUCAGCUUCCAAGAUGCCAAAUUCACACCCUUUGUGGUUCUUGGUGGAAAAAGGUUAAUACUUUAACCAAAAGUCAAGAAAAGAUUGCCACUUUUCGGUUACUCGGUCCCGAUAUUUAUGCCCUUCAAGGCGGGAACGGGAACAAUGGAAGAUGGACCCGGAAAUCUGUAUCUACAAACGCGGAAGGGAAGAACGUGUUAAGCAGAAAAACAACGAGCAUUAGCCAACAAAUAACCGAUGUGUCAAGCCUAACACAUAGUAGUUUAAAUACUGGUAGGGUAGAAAUUGGUGAGUGUAAAAGUGUUUAUAUAGAACCAAAGAUAUGUGAAAACAAAGAUGUGUCGAAGCGCGUAACGGUUAUUGUCUUUGAUAUUGAGACGACUGGUUUUAAAAGGGAUGCAGAUCGAAUCAUUGAGAUUGCGUUGCGAGAUCUUAGUGGGGGGGUUGAUAGUACUUUUCAGACACUUGUAAAUCCGGAUAUGCUUGUGAUGAAUUCAGACAUCCAUGGAAUUUCAUCGAGUAUGGUCAAGUCAACUGCGGUCCCAAGGAUGAGAGAGUUGAUACCCAUAUUGCUACAGUAUGUCAGAAGCCGACAAAAACCUGGUGGUCAAACAUUAUUUGUUGCUCACAACGCUAAAACAUUUGACGUCCCUUUCUUGAUGAAUGAAUUCAAGCGCUGCUCCUAUGAAAUCCCAUCAGAUUGGCAUUUUAUGGAUUCAAUGUCUCCAGCACGUGAGCUAAAGAAUCUAAAGAUACCCGAAGGAAUGACUCGUGUUUCAAGGUCACUUCAAGCCCUUAGGGAGCAUUAUAAAAUCCCGCUAACGGGUAACGCUCACAGAGCCAUGGCAGAUGCAAAUGUUCUUGCGUUGGUUUUACAGAAGAUGACCCGCGACCUGAAACUCACGAUUCCUUGUCUUCUUGAUAAUUAUUCAUUUACAGCUUCUGAUAUAAUUAAUAAUGCAAAGAAGAAGAAUUCAAGAUAAGUUGUUAUUUGGUUUUUACAUCUUUGGGUUUCAACUUUCAAGUAGUGUUGUAAUUGUAAUUGAUUCACUAAUCAAAGAAAUAUUUGGUUAUAAUUUAUCCAUCUUCUGGUAUGUUGAAAUUAUAGUAUCUUUACCUUUUUUUUACUGGCUUCUUGCACAUGACUUGUAAAACCAGAUAUUCAAGAUAAGUCUAUGUAUGUUUGUAA